AUGGCUUGGAUUUGGGUCACUCUUGUAUCCCUUAUUGCUCUUCUCCUACGCUCAUGCCUCUUCAAAAACCACAACAAACGCAAGAAAUUGCCUCCUGGUCCAAAAGGGUUUCCAAUUUUUGGUAGUCUACAUUUGCUAGGAAAGCUCCCUCACAGAGAUCUUCAAAAAUUGUCCCAAGAAUACGGCCCCAUAAUGCACAUGAAACUAGGUCUCGUACCCACCAUCAUAGUCUCUUCCCCUUCCGCCGCCGAGCUGUUCCUCAAAACACACGACCUCGUUUUCGCCAGCAGGCCACCCUCGGAGGCCUCGAAGCACAUCUCAUACCGUCAAAAAAACUUGGUGUUUUCACCAUACGGCCCAUACUGGCGCAACAUGCGCAAAAUGUGCACUCUCGAACUGCUCAGCAACCUCAAAAUCAACUCCUUCAAGUCCAUGAGAAAGCACCAGCUGGGGCUGUUGAUUCAGCACCUUCGAGAGGCCGCGGCUUGUGAUCGAGUUGCUGUGAAUCUUAGCGAUAAAGUCACGUCUUUUACCACAGACAUAACUUGUCUAAUGGUGUUUGGGAAGAAAUAUGAAGACAAAGAGUUUGAUGAGAGGGGGUUCAAGGCUGUGAUGCAACAAGGUUUGCAAUUGGGAGCUGCCCCUAAUUUGGGGGAUUUUAUUCCUUUUAUUGCUGGGCUUGAUCUUCAAGGGCUCACCCGUCAGAUGAAAGCUGUUCAUAAGGUGUUUGAUGGGUUUCUUGAGAAGAUUAUUAAUGAACAUCUCGAGGCCAGAGAUGAACAUAAAACUAAGGACUUUGUGGAUGUCAUGUUGGACCUCGUAGAUUCUGAGCAGUCUGAGUAUCAAAUUGAUCGGUCUGCCAUUAAAGCUAUUAUGCUGGAUAUGCUUGCUGCAGCAAUGGAUACUUCAGCUACUGCAAUUGGAUGGGCAAUGCCAGAGCUUAUUAAACAUCCACAUAUCAUGAAGAAAAUGCAAGUUGAAUUAGAAAAAGUGGUAGGUUUGGAUAGGGUCGUUGAAGAAUCUGACUUGGAAAACUUGGAAUAUUUGGAAAUGGUCGUUAAAGAGAUUCUUAGACUAUAUCCUCCAGCUCCAUUAUUAAUUCCUCGUGAAUCUCUUGAAGAUUGCAUAGUCAAAGGCUUUCAUAUUCCUAAAAAAUCACGUGUAAUAGUAAACGUAUGGGCUAUUGGACGAGAUCCAAGUGGUUGGACGAUUGACCCAGAGAAAUUCUUUCCCGAAAGGUUUAUCGAUAGCCAAAUAGAUGUGAGGGGGAGAGAUUUUCAACUGAUUCCAUUUGGAGCUGGUCGUAGAAGUUGCCCUGGAAUGCAAUUGGGAUUAACCGUGGUCCGACUAUUACUAGCUCAACUCGUACAUUGUUUUGAUUGGGAACUUCCAAAUGGUAUGUUGCCAUCUGAACUAGAUAUGACAGAAGAAUUUGGUUUAACUUGUCCCAGAGCUCAAGAUCUUUGGGUCAUUCCUACUUAUCGUCUUCAAAAUUAAUUUUUUAAUGUAAAAUUU